UAUGUGAAAGUAACAACUUCCUGACACAUGGACAUCUAACUAGCCCCAUCUAGAGGCCAGAAUAAACUAUUACAAUAAUCGAGCACUGUUGAAUUUUACAUGAAAUUCUCGGAUUAAAUUUGAUUUAAUUUCUUUUGACGAAGCCUUUUAAAUAAUUCAUGCAAAAGGGUGUAUAGCCUAUUCAUGUUUGUUAAAGUCAACAAUCUCACACUGGUCUCAAAAUCCCUGUCUUUAUAAAUAUAUGCAAGAAGCAAUUAAGCCUAACUAUGAAACGAACUGUAAUAAGUAUGCAAUUCUGAAAGCCUACAAGGUCUACUAUUAUUCUAAAAUCCCACUGACCUGCCUCCUCGGUUUCGCAGUGAGCACGUCUGGUGCUUUCACUUCAAGAAACAGGAAGCAGGGUGAGAGACUGUCGGCACGGGAGCCGGGGAGAGCUCGUGCCAUCCAGCGCCGGAGUUCGUUUAGUUGCAGACAUUUAAACACUGACUGCUGUUAUGGAAGUGGAGGAGGGUGAAUGAGGAGCUGCACGGUGCUCCGUGAGCAGUGGCUGUGAUUUCGCAGGUCCGGAGUGACCCUUGGUCCAGUCCUGCUGGUCUUACUGGGCUCUGAUCUGUUGUGGAUGAUGGCUGACCACCUGCCUCCUGUUCUGCUGGAAGCCUGUGUGGUGAUUGGAGCAUCUAGUGACAAGCUCAGGGAUGUUUACCAGACCAUUAACAAUCAUGGAAAUUCAGAGCAUCUGACGUUGGAGCCAGAGGUACUGCAUGUCCUGGUGCCUCCCUUUGUUAGCCGACCACAAGCUGAUAGAGAGGCGCUGAGGCCACAUGGGAAAAAGAAGCGUUCCUUCCUCAAGAAGAAGAGAGAAAAACCUCCUUCAGCUGCAGCAACUCCCAGCCAAGGAAGUGAAGAUAUCAGUGUUCCUAAAGACAUCGACCUCAUGGUUCUACCUCAACUCUGCUUCCCAGGUGGGCUACAAGUCACCAAUAAACUGGAGGAUGAACAAUUUCACUUCCUGGUUUUCACUGAUGUCCUAGGCAACAAGACUCAUGGAGUUGUAAUGCAAUGUUUCAGGCCAAUAAUGGAGGGGACGUCUGUCUUCCAGAACGGUGCUGGAUCCUCUAAGUUUCCUCAACUUUUCUCUGCCUACAGUAUCUGUGUCAUAUCCAAGUAUCCUUACUUCACUGCUCUCAAAGACUGUCUGUCAUGUCUGUUAGCCCAGCUGAGAACUUGUCGUUUAUCAGACAUGGAGGCGAGGGUGAAGGAGUUUGCAGCUAAACUUGCCCUGGUGCCUAUCCCCCCUCCUGGACCACUACAUUUGACGUUUACCUUGCAUCCUCUCACUGUCGUGUUACCAUCGAGAGAGGACAAAGACCAUCCAGUGAUUGAUUUAGACCUUCAUCUGCCUUUCCUCUGCUUCAGGCCCCAGCAACUACUGCAGGUGCUGUCUUGUCUCCUGCAGGAGCAGCGGGUUGUGUUAUUCUCUUCUAAUUGGGCCAGACUUACCUUAGUGGCAGAGAGCUUGUUGCUUUUCCUGCAGCCUCUGUCAUGGCAGCAGCCAUAUGUUCCUGUCUUGUCCAGAGGCAUGUUGGACUUCCUCAUGGCUCCUACUGCCUUUCUCAUGGGCUGCCAUCUCAGCCAUUUUCAAGAAGUUGCUGAUGAAACAGAUGAUUUAAUUCUGAUCAACAUUGACAGUGGACAGGUUUCUACUUCACAUUCUGAGAGUCUGGGUCUCCCAGAGAUCCCCCAGGCUGCUGCAAACUGCUUCACUCAGAGAUGUCAGUCCCUGCAGAUACACUUUGACAUGUACCAGAGCAGCCAUACAAGCUGCACAGACAUCAAUGAGCAGCGAGAGCAGAGAAGAGCAUGGCAACAACACCUUAACCAUGACAUCCAGAGGAUCACACUGGAACUGAUCGUCAACAUAUUCAGGGAUGUUAGCCGUCAUCUGAACUAUGAACAUCGAGUCUUUAACAGCCAAGAGUUCCUGAAAACCAGGGAGCCAUCUGAGCAGCUGUUUUACAAGAAGGUGUUGGAGACCCACAUAUUUCAUUUCUUCCUCAAAGAUCGUCUCAACAGGAAACCGGACGACUUUACUCGAAUGGAGCUUAGCACUUGCUCUGAGAUGGGGAGGAUAAAGGCCAGGGUUGAAGUCCCGCGCAGACCCACCAUGCAGGAGAUUCAAGCCCGCAGAAAAAGCUCCAUUACAGAAGGCAAGCUAAGUAAGAGACUGGGGAUGAGCCUCCCUAACCUGUUAGAUAACCAAACUUUCAGCCUCCAGAAGAAGACACUGCCGAGCGGCACCCUAAUACCUGAACCUGUACCGAGAAUUCCUCCAAAGACAGUAAAGGUGUUCAAGCUCCCAGAAUUCCCAGUUUCUCUGUCCUUUCAUGCAGUCCAAAAUUACUACAGUGAGCUGAUCCAGCAGCUUGGAAAAGCCAUCUUCUCCGCCCAAAAGGAGAGUCCUUCCCUGCUGGCCAGGUUUUACUACCUGCGUGGUUUCGUUAACGCGCUGUGUUUGCGGAGGCUGGAUGCCCUGAGUGAUUUCCAAAACCUCUACAAAACGGACAUGGCAAUCUUCCCCAUGCAGCUGGUCACAUGGCUCACGGAUUCACUGCACAAAGACGAGAGACAUCAAGUGGACAGACGACCUGAACUCAAGAGGCUCAUCCUCAAGGUGAAGACAGAAAACGAGAAGCCAUUGGUGGAGCCUGAUGACCAUGUCAAGAAGUUUCAACUCCCCCGAAAAGAUCUGCAUCAGGAUGAGUUUGUGCGCUGUGUCCAGGAGUGUGGAAUUAUUAAAGAUGUAGCAACCAUCAACCGUUUAUUUGAUGCUCUAAGUGAUGGCCAACCAAAGAAGGUGGAUCCUGAACUCUUCAGACACUUCUACACCUUCUGGAAGGAGAUGGAGGCUGACGCACAAGACGUCAACUUGCCCUCCGAGGUCAUAGACCAUCUCGACAAUAGCGAGUGUGUCUACAAGGUGUCGUCAUGUAUCAAGACUUCCCAUGGUGUUGGUAAAAUUGCCAUGACACAGAAGCGUCUGUUCUUGCUUACAGAGGGAAAACCAAGAUUCCUAGAAAUCACAAAUUUCAGAGACAUACAGGAGGUGAAGAUUGCCUCGGCUCCUGUUCUACUUGUUCGUAUUCCCUCCCUCCGUAUCCAAACCUCCAGCAGGCUGGAGGUGUUUGAGGCGAACCUAAAGACAGAGGCUGAACUCUGGAACCUUGUAGUCAAAGAGAUGUGGGCUGGACGCAAGAUGGCCGACCAACACAAGGACCCUCAGUACGUGACUCAAGCCCUGACCAAUGUCCUCUUAAUGGAUGCUGUCACAGGCUGCCUGCAGACCCAGAGGUCCAUUAUUGCCGCCUCAAAACUGGCCUACUUUGACAAGAUCAAACUCAAAGCUCCAAUGAAGGUGUCUGAAACUACCUCAGACACUCUGAAACACAGGAUCAACCCGUCACUGGGCCUGGCUGAACCUCAGACUGUGCAUGUGCUACUUUACACACCAGGUCAGUUGACCUGCGAUGACUCCAAGGGUGGAAUGAACCCAAAGUUGUGGGUGGCCCUCAGCGGGGGCAGAGUGGUUGUGUUUGACGCAGCGAGCUGGUCCAUGCUGCAGGACUGCAUUCAGGUCGGAGAGUCGCAGCUGAACUGCAUGCUUGGAUUGAACCAGGAUCAGGUCUGGAUCGGCUCUCAGGACUCUGUGAUCUACAUCAUUGACACUCACAGCAUGUCGUGCAACAAACAGCUGACCGAACAUAGACAUGAAGUGACUGGAUUCACAGCAGACAGCAGAGAUCAACACAGCAGUCAGCAGACGUACUCCUGCAGCAGUGAUGGAACAAUUCUGCAGUGGGACUCAGCUGGUCUCAAAGUGAAGCGGCAAUUUCACCUUAUGUGUGACCGUCUCUCAUCCAUACAGACCUAUGAUGGUACCCUCUGGUGCUGUUGUGGUGACAGUAUUGUGGAACUGAAAAAGAGUGGGACGCCACAAAGAAGACUGGAAAUUCCUGAUGACCUACGGAGCAUGCCCAGUAGCUUCAGCUGCUUUGUUUUCAUCCCUGAGCGAGGUGAGUUGUGGACGGGCUGUGCAGACUUAGGUGAGCUGUGUCUCUGGCAAACUAACAACCACAGACGUCCAUCCAAGAGGAUCUCCCUGCCCGGCUGUUCAGGAGUCACCUGUAUGAUUCCAGUCAAGGACAAGAUCUGGGUGGGGUGUCUUGGCUGGAGCAGUGUUGGAGAUCACUGUGACGGUCAGCUGAGAAGUCAGGUGCUAGUGAUGGACCCAGUGAGCCAAACUGUGGCAAAGGAGCUGCAGGCCCAUACAGACAGCAUCCAGACGCUCUGCUCCGCUGAGGAUCGCUACGUCUUGAGUGGCUCGGCACACCGGGAUGGCAAAAUCGCAAUCUGGAGAGUUGAGUAGGGAAGAGAAACAUACAAAGCAGAAGUGACGCAAGAGAGGCACUUUAAGAGACUUACACUAGAUGUGUCAAAUGUUUACAUGACAUCAAGGCCAUCCUCAUGAAGGUUAUAGCCAUAUUACAUGGGCAAAGAAGUUAACCCACUAGUCUGUAAAAUAAAAAAAAUGAUGAUGGCAGCCCCUAAGGAUCACUUUUUGAGACUUUUCUGGAACAUGGAUGCAUUCGACAAACGAUACACUGUUUAUGACUUGGGUUUAGUUUCGGAUGCUUUCCUGGAUUAAUACACAAACCCACAUACAAGAUAUGACAACGGUCAUCCAUAUGUUCUGUUUCAUAAACAGGAUUAAGUUCAGGCAUCAACAUAAUGUUAACAUAAUUCUAUAAUAUUAUUCUUAUUCAUAUUUUGUGUCAAAUAUUGAUAAUAAAUAACAUGUCAAUAACAA